CUUCGACCUCUUGCGGGUGGGCCCCACCUGCCGUGGCCCAUGUGGCUGAGAAGCCGGCUGGUGGGCCGGCCCGGCGCGUGGGCCCGUUGGUUUAGUGGCAGUGGUUGGGGGGUAAAAAGGUAAAAGGGUAAAUUUGGUGGGAAAAAUUACGGAAGUGGCCAUGCCGAAGCCCACGCGCGCCGUCGACCACCGGCGGCGGAGGAGCGGGCGAGCUCCGGCGAUCGCCGCCGUCGCCGUUGCCGCGGAGGAUGAUGGCGAGGAGCACCAUCUCAAUCCGUUCUUGGACGCCGCCCCGUCGUCGUCUUCGUCGAGAGUCCAGUUCAGGAAGGUGGCGUCGCGCGCGGUGUGGCUGGAGGAGGCUGGUGCGGCGGAGGUUGUGGACAGCAAGGGCAAGCUCUGGCUGACCACCGGUGUCAACCGGGACGGCAAGCUGUACUACAAUGUCGAGGAGAUUGGGUUCUUGGCAGAAAGAGGGGCAUUGGUUCUUCUUGAUUACGAGGGUGAAACAAUUGGAAUGGAGGAAAUCUACGGAAAGAUUGCUGGAGGGAAAUAUGGGUGCUCCUGGGAUGCCUUCCAAGCUUACAAGCACUUGAAGUUGCUCGGCUAUAUUAUUGGACGAUAUGGCGUUCCCUGGACAGUUAAGCGUAGCCAUACUUACAGCGUCACUGAUGCCUCCACAAGUGUGGUUGAAACUGAUCAGAUUCAGAGCUUAAAUAGAGUCGGUGGUGCCUCCAAUGACAUAACUAAAUUGCUCAAGGAAAUGUGCAUAGAUGAUAUGCAUCCAUCCUUUGAAGUGUAUCUACCGAAUAGCAAAUUUAAGAAGACAUCCCCAGGAGACCCUAGUUUCGUCCUAUGCCUAUUAAGCAACAAACCACCAUCAAGGGAAGAACUAGAAACCGUUGAAAACAAGUUUGAGGGCAUUCCUCUGAAAUUUUGCCAUGUUGACAACGGACGGGUCAGCUUCCUCUCCUCCAACAAAGCUGCUCUCCCUAGUUUGCCCUGAUGAGAUAGCAGCAGGAGAAUCUGUUACUGUUAGUUUUUUCUGCUUCUGAUCUUGUGACGUACAUCACUUGGUAUUAGAUGCAAUUCUGGUGUUCUUGUAUAACUUCAGAUCAGCAUUAACACUUACGGAGGAUUUUUCAGAGGAAUUAUUACCAUGUUUUGUCUGCA